AUGAAAAAAGCGAUCACUUUUCUUGUUCUUCUUAUCCUCCCUCUCCUAACCAAUGCUAGACCAAAGAGACCCACACUCCAUAUCCCUCUUGUGCACAAUGGUGCUAAUUUUUAUGACAACAAAGUCGUUGCCCCUCCUCUCUCGUCACCCCACUCCAACCGAGGACUAGCGUACAUGGCCCAACUUCACUUCGGUUCUCCUUAAAGAAGACAAUUUCUUCUCUUGGACACUGGAAGUAGUCUUACCUGGACGCAAUGCUUCCCUUGCGUCCACUGUUUUGACCAGAAGGUAUAUACAAAAUACCGGCCGGAAGACUCAAUUACAUACCGCGAUGAGAUGUGUGAAACUGAUGCCAGUAAUAAAUCAAAUCCGUAUUUCAUAUAUGAUCCUUUGACGAGGAAAUGCACCUACCAACAAUAUUAUUUAGACGACAGCAACAUCAAAGGCACACUUGCACAAGAAAUGAUUACGGUGGAUACGCUUGAUGGUGGGUUCAAAAGGGUACAUGGUGUAUAUUUUGGGUGCAACCAUUUGAGUGACAGGGCAAGCAUUACGGGAACGGGCAUAUUGGGCCUUGGGAUUGGUAAGUACUCUAUCAUAGGGGAGUUUGGCUCGAAAUUCUCAUUUUGCCUUGGUCGGAUAAGCGAACCUAAAGCUUCUCACAACUUAAUCCUUGGGGAUGGUGCAGAUUUAGAAGGACAUGCCACAGUAAUAAAAAUAAACGACGAAGGUCAAUAUAUGUUUAACUUGGUGUCCGUCAUUGUUGGAGAGGAAAUACCAUUGGAUGACCCGGUUAAAGUAUUUGUUGACACGGGCUCCGAGCUUUCUCACUUGUCCACAAGUUUAUACUAUAAAUUUGUGGAUGAGUUCGACGAUCUAAUAGGUAGACCUGUCAUGUAUGAACCAAGGCUGUGCUACAAAGCAGAUGCCAUAGAAAAGCUAGAGAAAAUGGAUGUCGGUUUUCUGUUCGCCGGAGGAGCUGAGUUGAGCGUUAAUAUCCAUGAUAUCUUCAUACCACAAGGUCCCUUUGGAGUUCGUUGCUUGGUAAUAAUGAAUAAUAAGGGAUCUUUUCAACAGAUCAUCAUUGGGGUUAUAUCAAUGCAAGGGUAUAACUUGGGCUACGACCUCAAAGCACAAACCGCUUACGUUCAAAAACAGGAUUGUGAUAUGUAGAAGGUGUAGU